AAUGGCGGACAGAAUUUAAAAAUAGUUAUAACACUAACAUGACCGAAAGCUUUCCCUCCUUUAACGUUACUGCUGCGUUUCACUCGCAGCUCAACACUUUAUGCAUCCGAGAAUUUCCUUGUGGCUAUGGAAGUUGGAGAGCGCCUAAUGUUAGCAGUAAUAUAAGUUUGAAGAGCACUGGUAUACUGAAGGGCACAAGAUCAUCUGCAACAGUACCAGCCAUUUUAGCAGAAAACAGUGCUCAGUUGGAGACAGUUGAAAGUCUUCAAGAGCUGGCUGUAAAGAGUCCUUAUGGUGUGGAUUGUACAUGGAGCAGUGAAGCUGAGAGUUUGCGUGAAAUUGCUGUCAAGACACCAGAUAAACUUACAGAAGCUUUUAUUCUGAAAUUCUUUAAGUCCCUUAGAAUUGUUGAUAAAAAGGUCACUGAAAUUGAUGAUGGUCUUCUUCAACUGAGAAAUCUAAAACAACUUACCUUGAGUGCAAAUUUAAUCAGGAAUAUUGAUUCAAAGAGACUUCCAAAGGGAUUAGAGGAGUUGGAACUUGCAGCCAAUCAAAUCUCAGACAUCAGUCCUUUGUGUGUAUCCCCCCCACCCCUUAUCCAUCUGGGAAUCAGCUACAAUCUGAUUUCUUCUAUCACAGGACGUAUGAAAGCAAAUUCAUGGCCACAACUCUUAUCUCUGGAUUUAAGCUUCAAUAAUCUUGCAGAUUUAUACAACACCAUCAAUGUGCUCAAAACGCUACCAAAACUGAAGAACCUUGUUCUUCAAGGAAAUCCUUUAGCACUUGUACCAGGUUACCGUGGUUACACAAUUGACUCCAUUCGUCAACUGACAAUUCUGGAUGAUAUCAGAAUAUCAGCUGAUGAAAAGCAUUUUUUUAAGGGGCUCUCAAAACUGAAAGAUGUUCCAGUUGAUGAUGCUCAGAUACUGGUGUCCAUUAAGAACAUUAAAGGUGUUAAAAUACCUCCAGAGAUUGAGGAUCCUGAAAUAAAUACAGACUACCCCAAGACUGAACACAAAUAUCAUGUAGAAUUCCACUUCCUUAAAAGUGCACCCACAACUGGGUUGUGUGAAUCACCUGCCCUGUCAGUACCAACCAUCUCCAUCACUGCAGAUGAUGCACAGAGCGAAGUCCAGGAAGAAGGCACAGUUGAAGAAAAUGAACCUAAUGAAAACUCUGGUUUGUUCCAAUCAGUAGCAACAAGAAGUUUACCAUGGAAUGAGGACUGUAUAGAACUUGACUACAGCAAGAAGUUCCACACUCGUUUGUUGGUCCCAUUGAGAGACUUCAUUAAAGAUGGAAUAACUUUCACUGUUGUUAAAACCAAACACAUGUAUGUUGUGGAGGACCCUAAUGCAACAGCACAGAGUGAAGAAACCAAGCUACCAGCUUCAGCUAAAAGUCGACCAGGAAGUAAAAUGCAGAAAGUUCCCAGCAAGGAGAAGAGAAAAGAGUCAGCAAAACCAAAAGAGAAGGCCAAGGAUGGAAAAGGCAAGAAAAAUAAACAGGAAGAUGUUGAGUUAUUUGAGCUUCCAAGAACUCGCUACAUACUGGGAUCUUGUCAAGUUCCACUGAAUUCUUUACUGGAAGGAGAACUGGAAGUGGAAACAGAGAGUGUAUGUGAAGGGGGAGAGGAGACCGGAGAUAGUGAUAGAAAAGAUGCAGGAUCUGGUUCCAAGUCUGAUGUUAGUGACAAGAAGAGGCAGAGCAAAGAUUCUACUGAUAAGCCAUCGAAAGGGAACCAACGUGCAGGUACUCCAGGAAAAGCAAAAGGCGGCCAAGGAAGGUCAAGCAAAGAUGAUAAAAAAACAAAAGAAAAAGAUAAACAGGAGGAAAACGUGGAAGGUGAGGAAGAAUCAACUUCUCCACCACCAUUGACAAUACAAGUGCAGAUCAAACUUCAUUACUGGAAAUCUGCCAGGGAAGCUGCACAAGAGUUUUUACCACAAGGCAUCCCCUCUCACACAGAACAAAACUAAGGUCACCUCCUUGAACCCCACCAAAGGAAAGAAUCAUUAACAAUUAAUUUAAUUAAAAAUGUAUUUAAUUUUUUACACCCAACUGUUCAAUAGUUGUAUUUUUCAUUAUAUCAACACAGAAUUGUGAAGCACAUGUCUAAAAGUGUAGGUUUUGUACAUAAAACUAUCUCAACUUCGUUUUGUUUUAUAAAUAAAUUACUGCCCUCCAUGUUAUCAGAUGCUACUCCAUUACUUUCAUGAGCCUUGUUUACCAGAGUCAAGAAUAGAAAAGAAUGAAAGAAUUAAAAUUCUGAAAAGUACAAUGACUUAAAUUUUCAUAAAGUUGAUGCUUUUAAACUUACUUUGGGAAAUAUUUUGUGAAGUUUGAGAAGUGUUAUGCACAGUUCUGAUUGCUGGCCAAUGAUUAUUGCAGUGCUUAUCAAACAAAGACUUGCACAACUCAUCAGCACCAUCACCAGAUUGAAUGGGCUAAUAAUGUUUCUGAAAAUCCUUGGUCUAUUCCAGUUCAUUGAUGUUAACUGCCAGAAUACUAUUGUUAUCAACCAGCAAAUCUCUAUUUAAUAUUCUAUUUUACUUUAUCAUUGCUCAUAUUCUUUUAAAAGUCUUGCAGCAAUGACAAUUCUUUGCACUUCACUUGUUCCUUCAUAAAUCUCUGUGAUUCUUGCAUCGCGAUAAUGCCUCUCAGCAGGCAUAUCAGUAACAUAACCCAUACCGCCAAGGACUUGAAUGCUCUGGAGACAAAAACAUCAAAUGAUCAUCUUUGCUUCAGGUUGCAACCAUCCAGAAUUAUGUUUACUAUACAAUUGGAGAUUUUUUUUUCCAACAUAAACUGCACUUAUUGACAUUUCAAAUACCUCCCCAAUGAAAACACACCAAAAAAUAAGCAUAGUGCAGAAAAGUUAGGCUGUUAUUUAAGGAAACCAUCACUAAGGGUAUAUAAGAUUGACAAAAGACUUAAUUGUGAUGAUGUUAAUUACAAAAAUAUUAUGGGGAUUAACCUGAUGCUGAGAAUUUAAUGCAUUCUGUACUGAAAGGGUCUAUGGAGUCAACCAAAAUAUGAAAAACGAGUGGUUUUGCUUUUUGUUUUG